CACUUCUCAGGUGAGGUCAACAGCGGUGCUGAAGGGGUUAAAAAUCCUGUUGACGGGUGUAGAGGAAUCCCUGGACAUAAAAAAAGGAAAUAAUGGAAGUAAAUAAAACGGUGCUAUGCGAGAGCCUUAUUAUUUGGUUGCAGACCUUCAACACCCCUUCACCAUGUAAGACUGUACAUGAUCUCACCAGUGGAGUGGCAAUGGCACAGGCUCUUCAUCAAAUAGACCCCUCCUGGUUUAAUGAAGCAUGGUUGAGUCGUAUUAAAGAGGAUGUUGGUGACAACUGGAGACUGAAGGUGAACAACCUCAAGAAGGUCCUGCAGCUGAUCGUGGAUUAUUACAACGAGGUUCUGGCACAGCAGGUUUCAGAUGUCCUUCUGCCCGAUAUGAAUCUGAUAGCAGAACAUGCACACCCUGUGCACCUAGGGAUGCUCCUGCAACUCAUCCUGGGCUGUGCCAUCAAGUGUGAAAAGAAACACGAAUACAUUCAGAUUAUCAUGACCUUGGAGGAAUCGGUACAGCAUGUUGUUAUGACUGCAAUUCAAGAGCUUAUGAGCAAAGAAACCACGGCCACUUUUGGAGCUGAAGUAUCAGGGGAUUUUGAACAGCAGCUGAAGAAAACUCUGGAGGAGCUGGCUGAAGCCUUAGCAGAGAAGGACGAGCUUGCUCAAAGGUGUCAGGAGUUAGACAUCCAGGUGACAGCACUACAGGAGGAAAGAAACAGUCUGCUGGCCGAAAACGAUGUCCUGGCUGACCGAGCAAACCAGCUGGACUCCUUCGAUGACCCCGCUACACCAUCGGGCAAGAAGUACUGCCAGCUGCAGUUACAGUUUGAGCAGCUGCAGGAAGAAAACUUCAGACUCGAAGCAGCGAAGGACGAUUACCGAAUCCACUGUGAAGAACUGGAGAAACAUCUGAUCGAGGUGCAGCACCGCAACGAUGAGCUGACGAGCCUGGCAGAGGAGUCCCGAGCCCUGAAGGACGAGCUUGACGUUCUGAGGAGCUGCUCUGACCGGGCAGUGAAGCUGGAGGCAUCGGUGGAGGGUUACAGGAAGAAGCUGGAGGAUUUGGCCGACCUGCGCAAGCAGGUGAAGUCUCUGGAGGAUAAGAACUUGAUGUACAUGCAGAGCUCAGUGGGCCUGGAGGAGGAGCUGAGGAAAGCCAACGCAGCGCGGACACAGCUAGAGACGUACAAGAGGCAGAUUCACGAAUUACACAAGAAGCUCUCGGACGAAUCAAGACGGGCUGAUAAUUUGGCAUUUGAAAUGAAGCAGUUUGAAGAAAAGUAUGACACUUUGCAGAAAGAGAAGGAGAGGAUGAUCAUUGAGCGAGAUUCUCUUAAGGAAACAAACGAGGAGCUGAAAUGUACACAGGUUCAGCAACACCAGUUAUUGCAAGCAGGCAUAAUUCCUGCUGGGAGUCCCAGUCAUGACAACCUUGCAGCUGAGAUUCUGCCUAUCGAGUACAGAGAGAAGUUCAUUCGCCUGCAGCAUGAGAACAAGAUGCUGCGCGUGCAGCAGGAGGGCUCUGAGAACGAGCGCAUCGCAGCUCUGCAGGGGCAGCUUGAGGAAGCACACCGCAGCAGGAGCGAGCUGGAAACAGAGAACAGGUUGAACCAGGAGCGGAUCUAUGAGCUGCAGCAGCAGGUAGAAGAUCUCCAGAAAGCCCUGCAGGGACAAGGAGCUAAAACUGAGGAUUCCAACUUGAAGAGGAAAUUGGAUGCCCAUAUGGUACAGCUGCACGAAGCAAAGGAUGAGAUAAUGAAGAAAAAAGAACUUAUUGAGGACCUUCAGCCUGAGAUUGUGCAGAGCUCACUGAAAACUGACGAGCUGCAGGCUGCACUGCAGAAGAAAGAUGAAGACAUGCGAGCGAUGGAGGAGAGGUACAAAAUGUACCUGGAAAAGGCUCGCAACGUAAUACGAGCUCUGGAUCCUAAGCUAAAUCCAGCUUCAGCAGAGAUCCAGUCCCUUAAGAACCAGCUGAUGGAGAGAGAGAAGAGGAUCCUCACCCUGGAGCGUGAAUGUGAACAAGCGAAACUGCGAGAAUAUGAGGAGAAACUUGUAGUGACUGCUUGGUACAACAAGAGUGUGAGCUUCCAGAAGCUGGCAGUGGAGUCAAGGCUGUCGGGGCGGGUGGCCAAUGGCAGUGACAGCGGCACACCCACGGGACAGUCCUUCUUAGCUCGGCAGCGGCAGGUCACCAACUCUAGGAGAGCCCUCUCCAUGAUCGUGCCUGCCACCACCUCCAAGUAGGGCAGGCCUGGCCUGUGAAGCCCAUCCACUCAGGUGCCCUUAAAUACUGCAAUACGGGGACAGGACAGGGGUUGCAUUUACUGCUCCUGCCUGUUAUGUUGUUUGCUUGUGAAAGAGCUUGACACUUCCUCCUCAAGUCCAGCCGUGGCCAGCAUCAGGUAUCUCUAAAGUCUGGUCUAUAUUACUUGGUGUUUAUUUCACACGACUCAAUCCAGUGGCUGAGACAGUAACAGUGAUGAGCUUCUUUUCCUUUCUGCGUCUUGUGAUCAUUAGACUAUAGGGGGUAAUGUUGUGAGCUGGGCUUUUUAUCUGCUUAAAUGUUGAACGGUGUACUUAGUAGGUAAACAAUGCUGGAAAUCAAAAUGUUAUACACAGUUUGCAGUACAAAAAAAAAAAACUCAAACCAUAUACAUUAUCCUGUGUCCCAUUUGCAAAAAAAACAUAUUAAAUAUAUUUUAAAGAUGUAUGAAUUGAAGACUUUUGUGCUGCCUUUUUGCAACUGGAGUGCUGAAGAAAACAUUUAGUAGGUUCAUUAUAUCGACAAGUCAGUUCAAUAAAGAUGGCUAAAAGAAUGUUAAAUAAAUAAAAUAAUUAUUUAGUAUCGUAUACAUUGAGUAAAGCUUAAGUGUUAUACAAAAAUAAAAUGUUUUCUUUUCUACAUUUUAUAUACUAUUACGUUUUCCUUUUGUGUAAGCAAAUUCGGGUAUUUGAUUUAUUGUUAAUAAAUGUGUUUUUUUUUUUUUUUUUUUGGUUUUUUCCACCCAGUUUACCACCUUAUAGUUUAUAGGUAAAAUAUGAUCUAAACACACAUUUCCUAUAGCCUUUUAAUGGCAGAUCUGUACAGAAAAAAAUAUGAAGUUUAACCUUGCUGUUGCAUUUUUCUUUUGACUAAAAAAGUGAUUCAAUAGCGAACCUUAAUGUGUACCUUUCAAGCUCACCAGGGAGUGCUAGAGUUCUGUUUAGGACAGUGAGACACUGGUCUGCAGUCUAUAAUUGUAUAGCAAUACUUUUUAUAAUAUGUAUGUCAAUGUGUGUUCAUUUCCUAACAGAGUACACAUUUUCUUUUUCCAACACUAAGCCAGUAGAAGUUGUACAAUAGUUUAUAUUGCAAGCAAAGCACUGCCUAAAAAAAAUAAUAAUACUCAAAAUCACUGAAUCACCAGCACUGUUUAAACUAAAGGCAGCAAAUUAAAAUGAGCUUGCCAUUUCUACUGUGGAAAACCAAACCAAAAAGCAUGUUUGUUUCUUAAGCAGUGGCAAGUCUUUUUGUGUCUUAAUCCUGGUCGUAUCAAUUUAGCAAUUAUUUUAUUUAAAGCAUAUUCAAAGCAUUUCAGGUGUCCUAAGAGUUCAUUUUGCCUAUGUUCUGAGGACUAUUGAAAAGCCACGCGUUGGAGAGCAAGUUAACUCUGCACACACACACCCCUUUAUCGAAGCUCCCUGUUUGCGUCACGUUUGCAGAAGCCUUCUAGAGCUAUUCCUGGCUUUUCAAUACAGUGUACCACUGUUUACAUAAUAAUAAUAAUAAUAAUAAUAAUCAUAAUAAUACAUUGAAAUUAAAGUUGACUGUGUAUUCGCUCGCUGAGAUACCUUUCCUGCACGUGUGAUUUGCAGAAGUUCAGGUCUAGUCAUCUGACCUGUUGUGUGUGUUUUGUUUUGUUCUUUACAUAUUAGAACUGUGCAUUGUACCUGUGUAAACGGUAUGUCAUACUAAAUAAAUAAAUACCUAAACAAAUAAAGAGAUUAUUAAAUAAAUACAUAAAUAAAUGAAUAAAGUUUUUUAAAUAAUCCCAAUAGAUGCAGGUUUACUGCCAGGUCGUCGUCUUCUUCCAAGUGUCACUCUCUUGGUCCGUGUGGCUGGAUAUAGGGAUUAAUACUUUUUGAAGCUUAAUGAUUCUAGUCUUCCCAGCAUGGUGCAGUAGCUGGUUUCAUUAGAAAAACAAUUUCUUGCUGUUUAAAAAAACACAUAAUAAUAAUCCAAAUGUGUGUGUGGUUUAUGCAGGAGUGCAGACUCGAUAAAGAUGUGCUUUUUUUUCUUCUUUUUUUUUUUUUUUUUUUUUUUUUUUUUUUAAGUAGAACACUAAAUGUCCUAAAAUAAAUGUAAAUUGAUGAUGGUAACGUUCCAUUUUUUUAAAGCAAUGCAAAACUCCCAUCCCAUCCAAUAGCUGUUCUGCUGCUGUCCUUCUUACUUGUUACCUUGGUUACUGACUCUGUUAACGACGUGCUGAGAAUCUGCAGAGCUGAGCUCUGCUUUUCACAAGUGCAAAACAAAGACAAUGCAUGGAAAUGUGCAUUCCGACACGUGUGUACAGGCGCAGGCAUGCUCGCUUUCAUAUGCUUUUAUGAACAGUACAAUUGCUCCGUGUUACAUAUUGUGCAACUGGUUGCAUGUGAUUUAGUGCAUGGUGGAUUAUACACUUUGUACUGCACUAGAGCGUCAUUUAAUACGCCUUUGUUUCUCUGAGGCUGGACUUUCAUAUCGCUUUGAACCGCUCCUCUGAGCACUAUUCAGUGAUAUGUGGAUAGGACACGUGAUUUCAGGAAGGAUUGAGCUUUUGCAUUGCUUUAAUAUGUUGGUAGUGUCUUUAUAGGGUCAACUUUGAAGCUUAUUUAUGUAUGUAAUGUGUGCAGUUUCUUAAGAGUACACAUAAAACAUGCUGUUUUGUGAAUUAAUUAUGUAUGGGAGUUAUUUUUAUUAUACCUUGAAUGAUGGGGAGUAAUAAAUUAAUUGUCUGACACUUUGAAGUCUAUUUUGGGGUUAUAUUUGGGAUGCUGCAGAAUACUAUGCAAACAAUUAUAUAUAUAUAUAUAUAUAUAUAUAUAUAUAUAUAUAUAUAUGACAUUUCAAAUAAGAAAUAAGUACUUAAACUUUAAAUUGUCUUCACUGUGACUUUGGAGGCUGUUUUCUGGGUUUUGAAUUCCCCCAUCUUUCAAAACGAUUUAUAUCUGUUAAAUUAAAUGUUUUCUUACUAAAUGUUGCAUUUCUGUCGGUCAUGGGUCCACUCAUCCUUAGGUCAAUGUUUUCUGAAUGAAUUUUACUGGAUCUGGGGGUAGGGAGGGGUUGACACCAUUUUGCACUAGUUCUGGAUUUUUCAAGGAGUUUCAUUAUCAUAAAUCUGUAAGUCACAUUCAUUGCAAUAAAACUGAUUUAAAACAA